AUGGCUCUCCGCGCACCUUUUUCGCGCGCUGCGACUCGCCCCGCCACAUGUAUCCUGUCGCCAUACAGCUCGCAAUGGAGAAGAGGCAAUGCAUCUAUCGCCCCACAACAAGUGCCAACUGGUUCAAAGGGGCCUACUGCUAUGGUCUUCAUGAACAUGGGCGGGCCUGCGACAACAGAUGAAGUCCAUGGUUUCCUAAGCAUGUUGUUUGCUGACAAAGAUCUCAUCCCACUCGGACCACUUCAGAACUACAUUGGCCCCUACAUUGCACGGAGACGGACACCAAAAAUCCAAAAGCAAUAUGCAGAAAUUGGUGGCGGAUCGCCUAUCCGGAAAUGGUCGGAACACCAGGCUGCUGAAAUGUGCAAGAUCCUCGACAAGACAUCUCCAGAGACUGCGCCGCACAAGCCAUACGUUGCCUUUCGAUAUGCCAAUCCCCUUACAGAAGAUACAUACAAGAAGAUGCUGGCAGAUGGAUUUGGCGGCGGUAACGGCGGCAGAGCAGUGGCUUUUACCCAGUAUCCUCAGUAUUCAUGCUCCACAACGGGGUCCUCACUGAACGAGCUAUGGAAGUGGCGUACAAGGCUGGAAGGCAAGAGGGCCAAUGGAGAAGCCGAGCCAGAAGGUGCGAUUAAAUGGAGUGUCAUCGACCGCUGGCCAGCACAUCCAGGCCUCGUCGAAGCUUUCGCAACGAACAUCGAGAAGAAGCUUGCCGAAUACCCCGAGGAUCGAAGAGACAACGUCGUCAUUCUCUUCUCAGCCCAUAGUCUACCCAUGACCGUUGUCAAUCGCGGUGACCCAUAUCCAGCCGAGGUCGCCGCCACAGUCUACGCCGUCAUGCAACGCCUUGGCAUGAAGCACAAAUACCGUCUCGUAUGGCAAUCGCAAGUCGGCCCUCAGCCCUGGCUCGGUGCGCAAACUUCCGACACAGUCAAGGAAUACAUGAAGAAGGGACAAACAGACAUGCUCCUUGUGCCCAUUGCAUUCACCAGCGAUCACAUUGAAACACUCUACGAAUUGGACAAGGAAGUCAUUGGCGAGGACGCCGAAGGCCACGAAGGUGUAAAGCGCGCCGACAGUCUCAACGACAGCCCCAUUUUCAUCCAGGCGCUCGCCGAUUUAGCAAAGUCACAUCUCGAGAGCGGAAAGGCGUGUAGUCCGCAGCUGACCCUGAGGUGUCCCAAGUGCACGAGUGAGCGCUGUGCAGCCCAAAAGGAGUUUUUUGCCAGUCAGAAUCAGGUUCUUCAGGCGGCAGCUGGUCUGAAAGCAGGCCUACCGGCAAAUGACCUUCUAUAUACAUUUCUGUCUCUUCGACAGCCUGAAGUGAGGAACAACAGGUGCAUGUACUGGCUAAUAGCAUUUCCGAGGGUCGAACUUCUCAAGAAAAGCUAUCCUCGUUUCGCCCCUCGUCGCUGCCGCGCAAAUACCAAAUGGAACAUUAGACGAGUGAUGCGGGCUCCCAUCGUAAUCGAAGACUUGGGUAACCACAUCAACAGUAAGGUAGACGUUGAGCGUAACCAGGUUUCUAUGCCAAUCAUGCCCCGAGGUGUUGACCCCGAACUCGAUAUGGAAGACGUCGAAAGGGUGUCCAUUGUCUCUGCUGAUAGUAUACCUGGAGCCGUGCCCGGUCCUGAUUCUUUGUAG